GAUAAAUGUAAACAUUAAUUUUCAGCGUGGUGGCCGGACAGCCAAAGCCACGGUGCAAACCAAACAUAAACAGGCCUGCCGCAGACCGCAGUGAGGCAGUGUCAGUGACAGCCAGCGUCGCUCUUCACUUUCCCCUCCCUCCUCGUUCCACCGGCAAUCCACUCCUCCUCCUUCCGCAUCCCAAUCACUCCGCGCGCGUGUGUGUAUAUAUACCACAGAACGCCCCAAUUCCGCUCCCAAAGACCAAAGUUCCUCCACUAGCUAAGCUAGUCGCUACUCCCAAUCUCAGAGCGCGCCGCCGGUCUCCACCGCGGCCAAGAACAGUGGUACUAGCCAAGAAAGCUGGGGAACAGGCUGCUUCCUGGGACGAGGAACAGGACGACAAGGGAUCUGGAGCCGGAGCCCCCGAUGGCGGUGACGGGAACCUCGGUGGCAGCCGCGGCGACGAUGCUGGCGGCGGCGGCGGCAAUCUUCAUCACCUUCGUCAUCUGCUUCUACCUCUUCCUGUGCGCGAAGCGGUACCGCGGGGCCGCCCCGACCAUCGGCGGCGACAGGGCCCGGCCCCGCUUCGUGUUCGCGGGCGGCGCGGGGUGCCACGGCGGGCUGGACGAGGCCGCCAUCGCGGCGCUGCCGAGGGAGGAGGCGGCGGCGGCGGGCGGGGACUGCGCCGUGUGCAUCGGCGAGCUGGCCGCGGGGGAGGCCGCGCGGGUGCUGCCCCGCUGCGGCCACGCGUUCCACGUGGAGUGCGUCGACAUGUGGCUGCGCUCCCACUCCACCUGCCCGCUGUGCCGCCGCCGCGCGGUCGCCGGCGACGACGCCGCGCCGCGGGCGCCCGAGGCGGACCCGGACUCGCCCAACUUCCCCACCAACGUCCUCUUCUUCGGCUCCCAGGACGGCGCCGUCAGCACCCGGGGCGCCGGCGCCGCGCCGUCGCAGCCGGUUGCAGCAGCAGGGCCCAUCGCCGGAGUCGCGGCGGUCGUGGAGGCGGCCAGUGUUGCCGCCCUACGGCGACUGCUUGGCUGCGGCGGCGCCACGGCCGCGCCCCCGCCGGCGCAGCAGCAGCAGCAGCAGCAGCCGCAGAAUGAAGACGGCGACUUGGAGUCUGGUCUCGGCGGCGGCGGCGGCGAGACCAGCGGGUCGCCUCCGGCGAAACCGCAGUGAAGGAUCCUCAAAUCAUGGUUCCGUUCCUCCAUACCUCUCGUCUUGCUCUCCUCCUCGUUGUCGUUGAGGCAUUUGAUUUGAGGCAGCACCCAAGGAUGGGAGUAAAAGAGGCAAGCAAGUGUACAGUGAUCUGUAAUGAACGAAUGAACGAACUCUUAUUACUCGUAGUAGUAGUACUUGUUUUAGUGAUCUAUAAACAAGUUUCCCUGCCA